AUGGCCAAACCAUCCAACACCGACAAAGCAGCCGACAAAGCCAAGGAGGUCGCAACCGAGAAUGGCGUCCACAACCCCUCCGGUGCCGCCAUCGCCGGCUUCGCCGCCCUCUACCUCGCCUUCAUCCCCAUCACCUCCUCCAUCACGCGCCGCGACUCCGUCGUCCAAUCCGCCAUCGGCCUAACCCUCCGCCUCAUCCCGGGCCUGGGCCCGCACCCCCUGCCCGCGUCGCGCCAAAUCCCCGCCCUCUCCGCCCUCUACACCUUCUUCGCCUUCGGUGCCUCCGGCGCCGUCUCCGCCGCGGGCCAAGCCAUGGGCAUGCCGGAAGGGCUCGACAACAACAGUCCGCGCAAACACAUCCACAAGCUCGAGGGCCUGCCGUUGCGGCUGCGCAGCGCGCAUUACGGCCUGAUUGAGAACUUUGCUGGGUUUGCGCUCGCGGCGGGGGCGGCGAUGGCGGUGGAUCCGCAGGCCCAAAAUCAGCAGGUGGUGAAUUUGCUGGGGUUGCAUGUGCUGUUGAAGGUGGUGGUGUAUUAUGCGAGUUACUUGGCGGAUGUGCCGCCGCCGAGGACGCUCAGUCAUGUCAUGGCCACGAGCGCGGUGGUUAAUGUGUUGUGGAGGUUGGCGAGGGCGGGGGUUUGA